AGAGACAACCCUGUCUUUUUGCCGAAGAAAUUUUCACGAAAACGUUUUUACAGAUAAAUAAACAUAAAAUAAAAAACCAUUUGUGGAUUAUAGGCGGAAUGUGCAAAGUUUUUUGGUAAAUAACUUGUAACGUUUUAAGCCAGAUCAAUUUAAUUGCGAAUAUUAUGUCGUCUAUUAUAACGCGCAAGGAUGCGGAGAGCGUUGCCGCCGAUGCCGACGACGACCACAAAUCGAAAUCAUCCAACAAACGUUCGGCGUCCGCUUCAGGCGCUGACGGCGGCGGCAUCGUCGAUGCUGCCUCUGCUGCUGCUGUUGCUCCAAAGAAGUCCCGAUUCGACGUCAAGGAGAAGAAUGGCAACCAAGUCGAUGCUAUGGCCGCCUCGCUAAGCUCCACGCAAAUUAAACUGAUGAUGGCUCAUGCUCAACGUGAGAUCGAGGAACGCAAGCGGGCACUGAGUAAUCUUCGGGACAAGGAUCCGCUGCUCGCGUCUGUACCCCAAAUAGGAAUGCCCGUGGCACUGGCCACACAAGCGUUGGCCAAAAAGCCCACGCCCGAGGAUGCGGACAAGGCCAAGAAGAUUGCGGAGCUGCAGGCUCAAAUACGUGCCAAGUUGACUGGUAAUUUGGCCAAUUUAAUACAGCAACAGCCCACAGCGGUUGCAGCAGCCGCCGCUGCAGCGGCCCAACAACAACAGGAGCGGCCCAAACCACUGAUAUUGGACGAAGAAGGACGCACUGUCGACAAAAGCGGGCGUGCCAUCAAUAUACCAACGGUGACGCCUACUUUAAAAGCGAACAUACGCGCCAAGAAACGUGAGGUAUUCCAACGUCAAGGCACGGGCACCGAGGGUAGCAGUAGCAACAGCGGCGGUGGUGCCGGCGGCUCGACGGGCAGCACACACGAUGAUGGCGUCAAGUAUUUCGAUGAUCGCAUUGCACUGAAGCCGACGAUAAGGAAUAAGCGUACGCUGCGCUUCCAUGAGCCCGGCAAGUUCCAGCAACUGGCGGAGCGCAUGCGCAUGAAGAGCCAGCUGGAGCGUUUGCAGAAUGAGAUAUCACAAAUCGCACGCAAGACAGGCAUCUCAUCGGCAACCAAGCUGGCGUUGAUAGCGCCUAAACAGGAUAUGCCUGAUGAUGUGCCCGCCAUGGAGUGGUGGGAUUCGGUUAUUCUCAGCCAGGACAUGGAGACGCUGGACGAGACGAGUGGCAAGAUAAGCAUACGUCAGACGGCUAUCAGCAAUCUCAUCGAACAUCCAACGCAAAUGAAGCCUCCAAAUGAACCAUUGAAGCCCGUUUACUUACCUGUUUUUCUAACCAAAAAGGAGCGCAAGAAGCUGCGUCGCCAGAAUCGUCGAGAGGCCUGGAAAGAAGAGCAGGAGAAGAUACGUUUAGGUCUUGUUGCACCGCCCGAGCCCAAGCUGCGUAUCUCGAAUCUAAUGCGCGUGCUUGGCACCGAUGCUGUCCAAGAUCCCACCAAGAUUGAGGCGCAUGUUCGUGAACAAAUGGCUAAGCGGCAAAAGGCUCACGAGGAUGCCAACAAUGCCAGGAAAUUGACCAGCGAACAGAAAAGCGAGAAGAAGCAACGCAAAUUGAAGGAGGACACCAGCUGUGGUGUACAUGUGAGCGUCUAUCGCAUACGCGAUCUACAGGAUAAUCAGAGCAAAAAGUUCAAGGUGGAAACAAAUGCCAAACAAUUGCAAAUGACUGGAAGUGUGGCGCUGUUUCGUGAUUGUUGUGUGGUUGUUGUGGAGGGUGGUCCGAAGCAGCAGAAGAAGUAUCGUCGUCUCAUGCUGCAUCGUAUCAAGUGGGAGGAGGAUGUGGUCAAGGGCAACGACGGGCAAGAUGUGUCCAACUCGUGUGUGCUCGUUUGGGAGGGCACAAGUCAGCGUCGACACUUUGGCGAGAUCAAAUUCAAAAUAUUUCCCAUGGAGAAGAUGGCACGCGAAUUCUUUCAGAAGCAUCAAGUCGAACACUACUGGGAUUUGGCCUAUUCGGGCGCCGUGCUUGAGGCAUCCACUGAUCAGCAGUAGACUAUACAAAUUUUUAUCCAUUUAGACACCCCCGAAAUUGUUAAAACACUUUUAGAUCGUUAAGUAUAACACAAAAUUAUAUAAACAUGAAACAUUUAUUUUGCGGUA